GACAGACUGUAAUCAGCCACGGUGUUGGAAUCCCAACCACUCGUCGCGGCCUCUCAUGCAGCCGCCAGAAUCCGUCCGUCAACGAAACUUUCCAACUUUCUAAAACUCCUAAGCAAGCAAGCAACCGGCCGUUAUAAUUCUCAUACUCCCUCCAACUGCUAAAAAUCAUCCGUCUUUUCUUUUCUAGCAGUGCUCUGGCGAAACAGUUUGGUAGCUCUUCGCCGUUCUUAUCUGGAAAUGGGAACCGUCCUGGAUUCUCAUUUUCUUGCUCUCACAGCCAUAGUCACCGUACUCAAUUCUCUUUUCCCCCACCUUGGGGAUUCACGGGCUUCUCUUUGUUUUCUUUGUAGGUUUUGGGGAAAGAUCGUUUACAAGUUGUUGUUGUUCAUUGUAUUAUGUAGGUGGGAUACCAGUUGCUCUUCUUCAUUGUCACAGCUCUUCUCAAGUUUGAUAAAGUCACCGACUUUGCAGAAUAGAUCAUGGAAAUUGGUGGAUUGGUGGAUAAUGGAAAUAGAUGGAAGCACGAAUUUCAUCAUACUUGCAGCUCUAACCCUCAUUCUGAAAGGGACAUGGUAUUUCAGACAGGUUGUCUUGAGUGUCCUUGUCAUAAUAUGGGGUAUUCGUCUGGGCCUGUUUCUGUUAAUGAGGAUUUUGCAGUGGGGGGAGGAUAGGCGUUUCGAUGAAAUGCGCAGCAAUUUGGGGAAGUUAGCAGUUUUCUGGAUAUUUCAGGCUGUAUGGGUUUGGACGGUGAGUUUGCCCUUGACAGUAGUGAAUUCCAGUGACAGAGAUCCAGCACUAGAUGUUCGGGACAUAAUCGGGUGGAUAAUGUGGUCUAUCGGUACUUCAUUUGAAGCUACAGCUGAUCAACAGAAACUUGCUUUCAAGAACUCACCUGAAAACAGAGGCAAAUGGUGCAAUGUUGGGCUCUGGAGCUAUACUCGCCACCCUAACUACUUCGGAGAGAUUUUCCUAUGGUGGGGGAUCUUUGUGGCGGCUUCACCUGUGUUGAAAGGGGCUGAAUGGCUUGUCAUUCUAGGGCCAAUCUUCUUGACAUUGCUGCUUCUUUUCCUCAGUGGUAUUCCACUGCUCGAGGACUCUGCUGACAAGAAGUUUGGCAAUGUUCCAGCAUAUAGAAUCUACAAAAGGAGGACCAGCCCCCUAAUACCGCUGCCUCCAUCACUAUAUGAAAACCUGCCAUCAUGGUUCAAAACUGUGCUUUUGUUCGAGCUGCCAUUGUACAGUCGCAGUCUCCCUACAGAGGGGUUAGCAUGGUGUAGAAAGAGCAGUGAGGGAGAAGGGAUCAAAGGAGAUGAGAUGAAGUUGAGCUGAUUGUUUUACCUGCAAAAUUAACAAAAAGAAAAAGAGUGAAUUUGUGAUUCAUUAUGGCAGUUAGUUAUUGACCAUAAGGGUCCCCGUGUUUAUGGGUUCUUGAACCAUUCACGACUUCAAAGAUACUGGCCAGUGUUGCCUUAGGUUCCAAGUUUAACAGUUUUGCCUGAAUGGCGGUAGCCUGUUUGUCAAUCCAACCCGCCGGUUCAGUACGAUUAUUUAUGGUUAAAGAUUCUGGAUACAACAGAAAAGAAUUCUUUGAUGUAUGUCAAUCUCUAUUUAAAAUUCCGA